UAGGGUGUUUGCUGCGGAUGUGCUCUUGCAGCACCCUUCCUGCGGCUGCACCUCCCGCCUGCUGCCGUGCCGGGCCUUGCGGUCAGGGUGGGGUAUUUUCAUGCAGUGCGAUGCAACGUGGCCAGGAUGACACCGAGCAUCUCCCAAGAGCUCCUCAGCAGCAGGCUGCGUCCUGGGGACAAGGGUGCCCAAAGAGGGGCCUUGGCACGAGGGCUCUGCAAAUGCAUUGAGCCAGACCCUCAUUCUUCUCCUCCUCUUCUUCCUCCUUGCAUGUGAAGGCUUCUUCCCAGGUCCAUCUUGGGGCACCACGACCUGAACCCCAACCCGUUCACGCCCGCAGCGUGCCUGGGGGCUGGCAGCUCUGGCACCAGGUGGAUGCAGCCCUCCGCCCUCGGUGGCCCCACUCUUGGCGUGACGUCCUUCCAGGCUCUCCGAAACCACAGCCUCUCUUCCGUGCCCGCCUCUCCUUCCCCACCCGGGCAGGAGGUGCAGGCGGAGGGUGGACCGCGACAGCCAUCAGAUUUCAGCGGUUCCCUUGGGAUGCUCUUGCGCCCCGGUGCUGGUGCAGCUGAGCCCUCGCCGGCGAUGCCUGUUGGCGCAGCGGCUCAGCGUCCCCCGGCGUCCCCUGGCAGAGGUCCCAUGGUGCCAGGCUGGGCUGUGCUGGUGAUGCUGGUGCUGAGCAUCCUGGGGGCGCGCGGGGCCGUGCCGCCACCGGAGCCGGGGCAGUACCGCGGUGUGCAGUGGGUCUGGGGGGCGGCUGGGGAGGUGCAGGCUGAGCCCCUGCUGCUCUCCCGCAGGAAGCGGGGUGACAGCGGGCAGCAGCCCAGUGCCACCACCAUGCCCAGCAGCAAUGACACCAAUUCCCCCGAGCUCAACCUGCCGAGCUCCGCGCCACCACCGGCCCCCAGCACCAACGCCAGCCUCCACCGAGCGCCUGCAGUGCCGACCGCGGCCGAUCUCCUGGACGAGACUGAUGUCCCUGAACUGCUCGUGAGCUCUGCACCAUCACCCACCACCAACGCCAGCCUGCACCGGGCACGUGCAGCACCAACCACAGCCGAUCCCUGGGAUGAGACUGAUGGCCCCGACCUGCUGCUGGGCUCUACGACACCAAUAGAGCCCGGAACACAGGCAGCGCCCCAGAACAGCGUCACCACUACCCUCACGCAGCUCAUGUCGCUCAGUGAGGAGGGGACGGCGGCCAGCAGCGCAGCCAGCAGCUCCUCUGCAACCUCCCCACCUUUUGGUCCCACCACCACGGCUUACAAGGAAGUCAAGAAAUCUGGAUCUUCCCCAAUGCCGACUCGUUCAGCCCCGUGGGACACAACACCAACGGGAACCACGACGACGCCGCCCUGGGACCCCAGCGGGCUGAUGGGCAAGUGCCUGCUGGCCAUCCUGCUGCUGGCGCUGGUGGCCGCCACCUUCAUGGUGUGCACCGGGGUGCUGGGCGCACGGCUCUGGCGGCGGGCACGGACGGCACACCGCCGGCUCACCCACACCGAGAUGGUCUGCAUCUCCUCCCUGCUGCCCGACGGCGAGGUGGCCACCAACGGCCCCAAAUCCGGCCCAGCCCGGCGGUCGAAGCCGCUGCUCGACGGCGGCUCCGAGUUUGAUGGUGACAACCUGACUCUCAGCAGCUUCUUGCCAGAGCACUCCUGAGCCAAGGACAGGGUCCUGUGCCCCAGAGCUUUGGGGUGCUGGUGGCUGCCCCGUUCCCAGCGCUGCUGCGCGUGGAGCCGUGGGCAGGGGAACCCGCAUCCGCUUGGGUCCCAUUUUAACUUGGACUGGUGCGAUGGGGAGCUGCUUUUCCCCGGCGCGAGCUCAGCCCUCAAGGCCAACCCCAUUAAAGUGUUACUUGGACACGGUGGACUCUUCCCGGUGAGGAUGGUGCCCAGCAGCCCCCUGGCUCCCUCCCCACUCCGCUGCCUGCCCACAUCCCCCUGCUGAAAUUUCACUUCUCCAUCCUCCUCCCCAGCAGGAGACACAAUCCCUGGGGCGGCGAAGCAGAAAUGAAACCUGUGGCCACCCCUCAGGUGCAGCCAAAGCCUGGAGAGAUGAGCACCACAGCCCCCAGGACCCCGUCCCCGCGUGGGGCUUUGGCCUCGUGCCGCGGCGUGGGAGCGGAAAGGGUGGUGGAGCUGAGGAGGAAAUGCUGGGGGGGGGGAUGAGGACAGGCGUGCUCGUGGCGUAACGUGUUCCUGCCCUGCGGUCACCCACAGCGAGGGGAGGAGAUGCUUCUGAGACAGUCACCAGCCGUUGAGGUGGUCCUGUGCGCUGCUGGUGUGCCCAGGGCUCAUCCCCAGUGAGCAAACGGUGGGUUUGAGCUCUCGGUCUCGUAGGGUGGUGUUGGCCAAGGCUGUUCCUGCCUGGUCGUGGCCGGGACUGGGAGGGACAUGGAGAGCAGAGCCAUGAGUGGCCAUUGAGCGUCCCCCCAUCCUGACUGGACCGGGAGGGUGAAGGGGGCUCAGAUUUGCUCCCAGGUCCCACCUCACCCAGUGUGCGGAUAUCAGUUGUCCCUCAAACCACCAGCUCGACUCACGUGUGUGGAUCCAUGGGAGCUACCUGAGUGAACAGAAAUGAUCCAGGACUGUCCCUGCCCCGCCAGGCUCAGUGUCCCUAUGUUCCCAUCCCUGCCCUCGCCAGGCUCAGCAUCCUUGUCUCUCCAUCACCACUCCUCCUCUGGACAGGUUCAGCAUCUCCACCUCUUCAUCCCUAUCUUUGCCCCGCCAUAGUCAACGUCCCCA